GCGCCACAGCCAGCCCCCCCGGUACCAGAGCCAGUUCGGCCGCCUCAUGUACGUCUUGGACGCGCCGAGGAAGGAGCUCCGCCAGGGCGCGAAGUGGGUGCCGUUCCGUGGCGGGCGCGCUGGGUCAGGCACCGCCGCAGCUCUAGCCGACUACGCGUGCGGCGCCCUCCCCAUUGUGGCUGAGGGGCCCGACGAGAUGAAGAUGCACUUCUGGGUCAGGGCGGGGGGCAUCGCGGAGCCCCCUCCCCCGGGGCCCUCAGGGCGCUUGUCGACGGGGUUUCUCGACGAGCUCCUGCAGCAUCCGCCCAUGGGGUUGGCCGAAAUCGGAAUGGACGUCUCUGCCACGCCUAUCCUGGAGAGGGCGUGGCAGAAGCUGCUGGCGUGGCAUGGGCGACCCGUGGGAG